AUGCUGGCACAGGAGGAUCCCAGUCCUUCCGGCUCGCUGGCCACCAGGGGGCGGAUGAGGAGCCGUCUGCGCUGGGCGUCGAUGCUGCUGCUCUCCGUGCUGGCGUAUGGCUCCCACGCGCCCUUGAUCGCCCUGUGCAAGGUGGGGCUGGAGGUCCCAUUCAGCAGCUCCUCCGUGGUGGUGCUGACGGAGCUGGCCAAGCUGGGCGUGUCUGCCGUCCUCCUCCUCCUGCCCGCGGCCGUGCCCCCCCUGUCUGCCCGUGCGUCCUGCCGGGUGGCCCUCCCCUUCGCCGUGCCCGCCGUCCUCUACGCCAUCAACAACAACCUGGCAGUCCACAUGCAGCGAUACAUGGACCCUGUCACCUUCCAGGUCCUGGGCAACCUCAAGAUCGUGGCCACCGCCGCCUUCUGCAGCCUCCUGCUGCACCAGCGCCUGCCACCCCGCCGCUGGCUGGCCCUCCUGCUCCUGGUGGUGGCUGGCGCCUGCCACGCCAGUUCCGUCCACCGUGCCGGUGGGGAGCCCCUGGAACCUGUCCGUCAGUACAUCACCCCUCUGGGCGCGGCCUGCGUCGCCGCCUACUGCUCCAUCUCCGGCCUCUCCGCCGCCUACACCGAGCGGGCGCUCAAGUCGCGUCCGCUGCCCCUCAGCCUGCAGAACGUCUACCUGUACGCCUUUGGGGUGGCUGUGAACUCCGCGGCGCACCUGGCUGGCUCCUCCGCUGCCGCCUUCUUCGAGGGCUACUCGCCGUGGGUGGCCGUGAUCAUCGCCACCCAGGCCCUGAACGGGCUCCUGAUGUCCGCCGUCAUGAAGUACGACAGCAGCAUCACCCGGCUCUUUGUGAUCUCCUGCUCCAUGCUGGUUAACGCAGGGCUCUCCGUCGCCCUGUUCGACAUGCAGCUCACCCCCUUUUUCUUCGUAGCGGUAAUCCUGAUCAGCCUCGCUAUAUAUCUCUACUAUCACGUGAGAUAG